UCAACAUGACGGCUGAAGAAACAGUGAAUGUAAAAGAGGUUGAGAUCAUUAAACUAAUUUUAGACUUCUUGAAUUCAAAGAAGCUUCACAUUAGUAUGUUGGCCCUUGAGAAGGAAAGUGGAGUCAUCAACGGCCUAUUUUCAGAUGAUAUGCUUUUCCUGAGGCAACUAAUCCUUGAUGGUCAGUGGGACGAAGUUCUUCAGUUCAUUCAACCUCUAGAAUGUAUGGAAAAAUUUGACAAAAAAAGGUUUCGUUAUAUCAUCCUGAAGCAGAAGUUUUUGGAGGCUUUGUGUGUUAACAAUGCAAUGUCAGCAGAAGAUGAGCCCCAGCAUCUGGAAUUCACUAUGCAGGAAGCUGUGCAAUGUUUACAUGCCCUGGAAGAGUACUGUCCUUCUAAAGACGAUUAUAGCAAGCUCUGUUUGCUUUUGACUUUGCCUCGUCUUACCAAUCAUGCUGAAUUUAAGGACUGGAAUCCCAGCACCGCCCGAGUUCACUGUUUUGAAGAGGCUUGUGUCAUGGUUGCAGAAUUCAUUCCCGCCGAUAGGAAACUCAGUGAAGCUGGCUUUAAAGCAAGUAACAAUCGUUUGUUUCAGCUUGUAAUGAAGGGCCUUCUCUAUGAAUGCUGUGUAGAAUUUUGUCAGAGUAAAGCAACUGGAGAAGAAAUUACAGAGAGUGAAGUGCUUCUCGGUAUUGAUCUCUUAUGUGGCAAUGGUUGCGAUGAUUUGGAUCUGAGCUUAUUGUCAUGGCUUCAGAAUCUCCCAUCUUCUGUCUUCUCUUGUGCUUUUGAACAAAAAAUGCUUAAUAUUCAUGUUGACAAGCUUCUGAAGCCCACAAAAGCUGCAUAUGCGGAUCUUUUGACUCCGCUCAUCAGCAAACUUUCUCCCUAUCCAUCAUCUCCGAUGAGAAGGCCACAGUCAGCGGAUGCUUAUAUGACCCGGUCUCUGAAUCCUGCUUUAGAUGGCCUCACCUGCGGACUCACCAGUCACGAUAAGAGAAUAUCAGACCUUGGGAAUAAGACUUCUCCAAUGUCCCAUUCGUUUGCUAAUUUCCAUUAUCCUGGGGUACAGAACCUCAGUAGAAGUCUCAUGCUUGAGAAUACAGAAUGCCACAGUAUUUAUGAAGAAUCCCCCGAACGUGAUACACCUGUUGAGACACAGCAGCCUAUUAACAGUGAAAUCUUGGGCCAGAGUUCAGUUGCAGAAAAAGAACCUGCAAAUGGAACACAAGAUUCAGGACCAGCCAAGCAAGAAAAAAAUGAGCUUCGAGAUUCAACAGAACAAUUUCAGGAAUAUUAUAGGCAAAGAUUGCGCUAUCAACAACACUUGGAACAGAAGGAGCAACAGCGACAGAUCUACCAACAAAUGCUUCUUGAAGGAGGUGUGAAUCAAGAAGAUGGUCCUGACCAGCAACAAAAUCUUACUGAACAAUUCCUUAAUAGGUCCAUUCAAAAGCUUGGUGAAUUAAAUAUUGGAAUGGAUGGUCUUGGUAAUGAGGUAUCAACACUGAGCCAGCAAUGCAACGGAAGCAAAGGCAAUGGUUCUAAUAAUUCUUCUAUAACAAGUUUUGCUACACCACCCCAAGAUUCUAGUCAGAGAGGACCACAUGAUGCUUCAGAUAUCCUCACAAGCACUCCUCGAAGUUCCGGGUCAACAAAUCAUAUACCUUUUCUUGAGGAAUCACCUCCUUGUGGCAACCAAAUCUCAUCUGAACAUUCGGUCAUUAAGCCAACUCUUGGAGACACAUCAGGAACUCUAUCAAGGUCAAAAGGGGAAGAGGAUGACAAGUCAAAAAAACAGUUUGUUUGCAUCAAUACUCUAGAAGACACACAAGCUGUUAGGGCUGUUGCUUUUCAUCCACGAGGUGGUUUAUAUGCUGUUGGUUCGAAUUCAAAAACUCUGAGAGUUUGUGCCUAUCCAGAAGCGAUCGAUCGGAGUGCACAUGAAACACCUAAGCAGCCAGUGGUCCGUUUUAAAAGGAAUAAACAUCAUAAAGGAUCCAUUUACUGUUGGCCUGGAGUCCUUUGUGGGCAAUUAUUAGCAACAGGAUCAAAUGACAAAUAUGUCAAAGUUUGCCCUUUCAAUGCAGAGACUUGUAAUGCAACAGUACCAGAUCUGGAAUUUAGUAUGCAUGUAUGGGGACAAUUAGAGACUUGGCAUUUAGUGGAAGGUCCAGAAGUGUGGAGCAAUUUAAUAAGUGCUGGAGCAGGGGAUUGGAACAUCUAUACGACCUGAUUGUCAGUAGAGGACAGGGGCCUCCAUGCUCUGAGUGGACACACUGGGCACAUUUUAGCACUUUUAUACGUGGAGCGCUGGAUGAUUGCGUCUGGUUCUCAAGAUAAAACCGUCAGAUUUCUGGGAUCUUCGAGUACCGAGUUUGUGUUCGUGUUGUUGGGCACAACAUUCCAUGGCACUGGGAGUGCAGUGGCGUCUGUAGCUGUAGAGCCCAGUGGCCGCCUCUUAGCCACAGGACAAGAAGAUUCUAGCUGCAUGUUGUAUGAUAUUAGAGGAGGGAGAAUGGUACAGAGUUACUACCCCCAUUCCAGCGAUGUUCGCUCUGUUCGAUUUUCUCCUGGAGCUCACUACUUGUUAACAGGAUCUUAUGAUAUGAAAAUAAAGGUCACAGACCUACAAGGAACCUCACUAAAACAGCUCCCUAUCAUGGUGGUGGGGGAGCAAGACAAAGUGAUCUGUGCCGGUGGCACAACCCAGGAUCUAUCCUUCCUCUCAUCCUCUGCAGACAGAACUGUAACCCUCUGGGACUUACAGCGGCUAGAGUUACACCCCUGUGUCACUCUGGGCGGUGAAAAAGACAGAGACGUAAGACUACUGGAGAUGUGAAGAUGUUGAGUUGGAAGAACAUGGACUGACCAAGAAAGUGGCUUAGCAGGAGGAAGCCCGUCUCCCCGCUAUGUAUCCCUUCGAUAAGGUGUUGUGGUGUGUUACUCUGCGAGUGCUUUCUUUCAGUGAGCCUGUGCUGCUGUGUCCUGCUCUAUGUAGUAGCUUGUUGCCAAAGUCUGCGGGAGAGCUCUUCGUCGUCAAUGUCACUCCAAGUCAAGGUGGACAAUGUGUUUAACGGUUUUAGUAUUAAUGCAUUCCUGGUCUUUGCCUAAAUAACUGUUUUAUAUAUACGUUGAAGCUGAACAAAGAUACUUUAAGGCAUAUUAUUCUAAUGUAUCACGGCUAAGUUCUACA